GAGCAGCAGCAGCAGCAGUAGUAGUAAUAGUACAGUAAUGUCUGAGUAAACUGGUCUGAUCGUUUAAUCCCGCCUGUGUGUGGAAAGACAAGAUCACCAAUGAUCAGUAUUAUUGCACGUCGUGUGUCUGUAGCUUUAUAAUAAAGUCAGGUAGUGAGUGGAAGAGCUGAAACUGUCAGCAUGAAGACCUCUCUGACCACCAUUAUUGUGGGUGUAUUCAUAGUGUAUGUGCUGCACACGUGCUGGGUCAUGUUCGGUAUAGUUUAUACGAAGCCCUGUGAUAAUCCCAAAAGUGACAGCUGCAUCAUCCCUUACCUCUCAGAAAAGCCCAGACUGCAGUUAAGCAUCUACACAUCACUGCAGCCGAAUGCUGAAGGAGGCCACAGUCUUAUCCACAGAGAAGAGGACUUUGAUGUGCAUGCUAAAUUUGAGAGGUUAAUCAAUGUGUCUUUGCCAAAAAAGACACGGAAGAAUGGAACCCUGUAUGCCAUGGUGUUUGUACACCAGGCUGGAAUGUCACCAUGGCAGGAUCCACGUCAAGUGCAUUUAGUGACGCAGCUCACCACAUACAUGUUGCCCAAACCCGCUGAGGUCAGCCUUAUUACAGGCCAGGAGCUACCUCGGCAGGAGUCAAAAAGUGCGGAUGGUAAGGUUGAGGUGGAUUGGCCCGUGUCCCAUUGGCGCACCCGUCUCACGCUGAACAUUGUGGCUGAAAACUUCCUGUUUGACAGAGCAGGGAUACCUAGUGACGUACACCGUUAUUUGAGAGUAUAUCAGCGUGGAAAGACAAUGAAGUACCUGCCUCUGCUGUUUAUAGAUGAGCUGAGUAACAGAGUGAAGGAUUUACUGGAAAUCAACAGCAGCACAACCGAAAUGCCUCUAACUAUUUCAUACGAUACUAUAGCCCUGGGUAAACUGCGCUUCUGGACCCACAUGCAGGAUGCGGUGUUUUCGCUUCAGCAGUUUGGAUUUACCGAGAAGGAUGCAGAUGAAAUCAAGGGUAUAUUUGUGGACACGAAUCUCUACUUCUUAGGCCUGACCUUCUUUGUUGCUGCCUUUCAUCUCUUGUUUGAUUUCCUGGCUUUUAAAAAUGACAUCAGCUUUUGGAAACAGAAGAAAAGCAUGGUUGGAAUGUCAAGCAAAGCAGUGCUGUGGAGAUGUUUCAGUACCAUAGUAAUUUUCCUGUAUCUGCUUGAUGAACAGACCAGCCUACUCGUACUCAUUCCUGCUGGAAUUGGUUCUUUGAUUGAGAUGUGGAAAGUAAAGAAAGCCUUCAAAAUCUUUAUUAUAUGGAAGAGUGUUACUCCAACGUUCAUGUUUGGAAAAUCUGAUGAAUCUGAGAAAAGGACAGAGGAAUAUGACAGUUUGGCAAUGAAAUACCUGUCCUAUCUGCUGUAUCCGUUAUGUGUGGGUGGUGCAAUUUAUGCUCUUGUAUUUGUGAAGUACAAAAGCUGGUACUCUUGGGUAAUAAAUAGUUUAGUUAAUGGAGUGUAUGCUUUUGGAUUCCUCUUCAUGCUACCUCAGCUCUUUGUGAACUACAAGUUAAAAUCUGUGGCUCAUCUACCCUGGAAGGCCUUUAUGUACAAGGCAUUCAACACAUUUAUCGAUGACGUCUUUGCCUUUAUAAUCACCAUGCCAACCUCUCAUCGACUUGCCUGCUUCAGGGAUGAUGCUGUGUUUAUUAUUUACCUAUAUCAGAGAUGGCUCUAUCCUGUUGAUAAGACCAGAGUGAACGAGUACGGUGUGUCAUAUGAUGAGGAACCAAAAGGGAAAGCCCACAAAGAAUGAGCUCACCAAAGCAUCAGAUCGGCACACUUUUAAAAUCCACUGGAAAAGACCAUUCAGUGUGGGCACAAACAGACAUUAGAACUGGAGACUAAAAUGUGUUUCAUACACCUGCUUAAUAUUUGUGUCCGUCUAAUGGUACGAGUUAAAACUGAUCUUGUUUCCUCAGUUGGAAAUGUAAUAUUUCAUAUGAGGUGAGAUCAUUACUGGUAUAUUCAGGUAACUUGUUAAUGUGAUUUGGAAGUAAAUCCAAAGUUGUUUCUGUAAAUCCAGUUUCAUAAUUUAAAUCAUUCCUGAUUCCAAGCUCAUUUCCUGCUGUACUUGCCUGUUAUUCAUAUUCCUUCUUGUUUAUCUAAUCAUAACAAAAAAUACAAGCUUGCUCAUUGGAGGAGUAUGAUAAUAUCUUUUUGAAAUAGUAUUUUAAAAAAGUCACAUUGGUGCCAAAUGUACUAUAGUUGAUGUGAUUAAGCUGUAUACACAUACAGUAUAGAAGGAAAAAUGGUGAAACUGCUGACUAAGAAUGAAAAGAAUUGUGUAUCAUAUUCCACUAAAGUGUUUAAAUGGAUUUAAAUGGUUAAUUUUUUGUAAAUUGUGGAUUUAUAAAAAGGUUAUUUUUAUUUACUUAAAAUGUCAUGAAUAACUGAUGGGGUUGUCACAACAGGCAACCAGUUUUAGUAAUUUAGCAGUAACAGUGAUUUUGGUUUAUUUCACACCAGACUAACAAAGACUAUUCUGAUACUCUGAACCUUAUCAGAGUUACCAGAGACAAAAAUGUAUUGCAUGUGUUACAAUGCUUCUUCUGCUAAAUAAACCAACCAUAGAAUUCUGGAA